AUGCUGUACAAGACCUCACCUAUCGUGUCUAAGCGACUGUAUGAUCGCACCGAAACAGACUCUAUUGACAAUCUAGAAAGCUCCGGACACUCUUGGUCCCCUGUUGCGCAAGCAGGAUGGAAACAUCCGGUUGAUAAGCCCCUUCUCAGGACAUGGGACGACCUUUCAGGAAGUCAACCAGAUGGAUCUGGAGACAUGUCCGCCAGAGCAUCAGAUAUUCCAUUGACAACCUUUGAAGCCCGCCGAUCGUCCCACCAGACUCAUAUCAUACACCGUAACUGGGCGCCUACGCCAUAUAUCUCUUUCACUUCCUCACCAGAGGCACUCGAGAAUUUGGCCAGCCAACUUCAGAAAGUCUCACCCCAGAAGAAAGCGUCAGACAGUUACUGUAGUCGAUCCUGCAGUUCGACUCGAGUCAGGCUGGCCUACCAUUUCCUAUGGCUCACCACCUAUGCCUUUGGACAGUCAAAGCAGAAGAAGUCGCUCAGCAUUGCGACUGGGACAAGCUUUUUCUCGGACCCCAACUGGUAUCAUAAUAUUGUCCGCCCGGAUAUCAAGAGGUUUCGUGAAGAAAGGCAGCGCCGGGAGCAGGAACAGGUUCAACAUCGGAUAGACGAUAUAUCAGCCGCUUUCGGUACCCUACCUUUGGAUGGCUCUUUAUCACCGAGUUCCUCGACUGCCUCAGACCACAACACCGACAACGAAUAUUGGGAAGACACGGACCGCAACCAACCCACUAAGCAACAUAUUCAGUCGUUUCUAUGAAUAAGAGCUCCUUUUCUCUCUGAUUACAGGUGUGUAUGGUUAGAGCUGGGGGUUUUCAAGACGUGGUUGAGGGUUAUCAUUUGAGUGUUUUGUUGUUUUUGUCACCGGUAUCAG